AUGACACUGACCCCCCCGAACAGUAAUGAUGCGUGCCUGAGCAUUGUUCACAGUCUGAUGUGCCAUCGGCAGGGAGGGGAAAAUGAAGGCUUUGCCAAGCGAGCUAUCGAGAGUCUUGUGAAGAAGCUGAAGGAGAAGAAGGAUGAGCUGGACUCGCUCAUCACUGCCAUCACCACCAACGGCGCUCACCCCAGCAAAUGCGUCACCAUGCAACGUACACUGGACGGGCGGCUACAGGUUGCCGGUAGAAAGGGUUUCCCCCACGUCAUUUAUGCCCGCUUGUGGCGUUGGCCAGACCUGCACAAGAAUGAACUGAAACACGCCGCGUUUUGUCGGUAUGGCUUUGACCUGAAGUAUGACAGUGUGUGUGUGAACCCGUACCACUAUGAGCGGGUGGUGUCUCCUGGCAUUGGUCUGAGCAUCCCGAGUGCGGCCAUGCAGUUUCAGUCUGUAAAAGAGGAGUUUUCUUAUGACUCUGAUGACGUGGAAGCUCCUUUGUGUGUCUCGACACCUCAACAGCUCCAGCCACCUGUCAAACACCCUCUCUUGCCGGAAUUAACACCUUCAGAUAGCUACAGACCAUGUCUACAGCCUCUAACGCUACCCGAAAGCCCUCAGACAACUGUCGGCAUGUACUCCAACAUGCCCAUAUCACCAUCUGUAUUUCCUGGUUGCCCUCUGACUUCUCUCACACAUGGUGAAGGCCUGAUGCCAAUGGCUCCUCCUCAGCGAAUGGUGUCCACCUCUCCUUCUCCCACCUCCUCUCAGAACUCUCAGAGUAAUAGUUACCUGUCACCACCCAAGCAGCCCUACCACAAUUCCUGGACAGGGAGCAGUACAGCGGCGUUUACAUCUAAUCAAACACAAUCUGAUGGGAGAGGAGGUCAACAGCCAAUGCUUCACCAUCCCAGCCAGUACUGGCCCCUCCAUCAGAGCACACCCCAGUACCAGCACGCUGUUUCCAAUCACCCAGCUCUGGACUUCUGGAGUUCCAUCGCUUACUUUGAAAUGGACAUUCAGGUUGGAGAAAUGUUUAAAGUGCCGUCGCACUGCCCCGUGGUGACAGUGGAUGGAUAUGUAGACCCAUCUGGAGGGGACCGAUUCUGCCUGGGCCAGCUGUCCAACGUGCACCGUACUGACACCAGCGAGCGGGCCAGGCUUCAUAUCGGAAAGGGCGUUCAGCUGGAGUGCCGCGGCGAGGGUGAUGUCUGGAUGCGCUGUCUCAGUGACCACGCCAUUUUCGUGCAGAGUUACUACCUGGACAGUGAGGCGGGCCAGGCCCCGGGGGACACUGUGCACAAAAUUUACCCCGAAGCCUGUAUCAAGGUGUUUGAUUUGCGUCAGUGUCAUCGGCAAAUGCAGCAGCAAGCGGCCACGGCACAGGCGGCCUCAGCGGCUCAAGCUGCAGCGGUGGCUGGGACGAUCCCUGGUCCUGGGUCUGUGGGUGGAAUUGCACCAGCUGUCAGUCUGUCAGCCGCGGCCGCCAUUGGCGUGGAUGACCUCCGCCGUCUCUGUAUCCUGCGCCUCAGCUUCAUCAAAGGAUGGGGACCGGAUUACCCGCGGCAGAGCAUCAAGCAGACUCCGUGUUGGAUAGAAGUUCACCUGCAUCGGGCCCUGCAGCUCCUUGACGAGGUUCUCCAUACGUUGCCAAUGGCCGACCCCAAUUCGGUCAACUAGUGGAGGCCGGUUA